CCCCUCACCCCGGCUUCCCCUCCUCCCGUCCUCCCUCGCCCCGCAUGCUCCCGGCUUGCCGCCUGCAGGAUGAGUUCCACCCGUUCAUCGAGGCGCUGCUGCCUCACGUCCGCGCCUUCUCCUACACCUGGUUCAACCUGCAGGCGCGGAAGCGCAAGUACUUCAAGAAGCACGAGAAGCGGAUGUCGAAGGACGAGGAGCGGGCGGUGAAGGACGAGCUGCUGGGCGAGAAGCCCGAGAUCAAGCAGAAGUGGGCAUCCCGGCUGCUGGCCAAGCUGCGCAAAGACAUCCGGCCUGAGUUCCGAGAGGACUUUGUGCUGACCAUCACCGGCAAGAAGCCCCCCUGCUGCGUGCUCUCCAACCCCGACCAGAAGGGCAAGAUCCGGCGGAUUGACUGCCUGCGCCAGGCCGACAAGGUGUGGCGGCUGGACCUGGUCAUGGUGAUUUUGUUUAAGGGGAUCCCCCUGGAAAGUACUGAUGGGGAGCGGCUCUACAAGUCGCCCCAGUGCUCGAACCCCGGCCUCUGCGUCCAGCCACAUCACAUUGGAGUCACAAUCAAAGAACUGGAUCUUUAUCUGGCUUACUUUGUCCACACUCCAGAAUCCGGACAAUCAGAUAGUUCAAACCAGCAAGGAGAUGCGGACAUCAAACCACUGCCCAACGGGCACUUAAGUUUCCAGGACUGUUUUGUGACUUCCGGGGUCUGGAAUGUGACGGAGCUGGUGAGAGUAUCACAGACUCCUGUUGCGACAGCAUCAGGGCCCAACUUCUCACUGGCAGACCUGGAGAGUCCCAGCUACUACAACAUAAACCAGGUGACCCUGGGGCGGCGGUCCAUCACCUCCCCUCCUUCCACCAGCACCACCAAGCGCCCCAAGUCCAUCGACGACAGCGAGAUGGAGAGCCCUGUGGAUGAUGUCUUCUAUCCUGGUACAGGCCGCUCCCCAGCAGCCGGCAGCAGCCAGUCCAGUGGGUGGCCCAACGAUGUGGACGCAGGCCCGGCUUCUCUAAAGAAGUCAGGAAAGCUGGACUUCUGCAGUGCCCUCUCCUCUCAGGGCAGCUCCCCGCGCAUGGCUUUCACUCACCACCCGCUGCCUGUGCUUGCUGGAGUCAGACCAGGGAGUCCCCGGGCCACAGCAUCAGCGCUGCACUUCCCCUCCACAUCCAUCAUCCAGCAGUCGAGCCCGUACUUCACGCACCCGACCAUCCGCUACCACCACCACCACGGGCAGGACUCGCUGAAGGAGUUUGUGCAGUUCGUGUGCUCGGACGGCUCAGGCCAGGCCGCCGGACAGCAUUCGCAACGACAGGCGCCUCCUCUGCCAACCGGUUUGUCAGCAUCGGACCCCGGGACGGCAACUUUUUGAACAUCCCACAGCAGUCUCAGUCCUGGUUCCUCUGAUAAGAUCGACAAAAAGCAAUGACAAAAUGUAAAGAAGAGGUUCCUCAAACGGGGGGAGAAGAAAUUUUGAGACGUGGAAAAAUCCCCCGGCCCAGCCCCACCGAAAAGCAAAAAUUAGACGUCGUCAGCCACUCAGCCCUUGUCUCCUCCAGCCCGGGGAGCUCUGCAGGCCCCCAGAAGCAGCCCAGUUCUCGGAGAGCCCUCGGAAGAGGUCUCGGUGGAGCUGUGCACCAGCAGCCAAGCAGAAAGAAACCUGCAAAUGGACUCUGUCAAAGUAGAGGACAGCAAGAAAGAAAGGAUGCAGCAGAACUGCCUUUCUCCCCACCCUACCCUGCCCCGUCCUUCCGGGGAAGGAACAAAAUCAACCCAACAAAGCGACCAGCACAGUUCUAAAGGGGCCUGUCCUCCACCC